CAAUGGAUCAUCAAGUGCAGCAGCUCAUCAGCAGCAGCAGCAUCAGGUUCAUCAGCUUCAAACGGUAGCGACAACAACGGAGGCACCAACGGUAACAAUGGAUCAUCAAGUGCAGCAGCUUCAUCAGCAGCAGCAGCAUCAGGUUCAUCAGCUUCACACGGCAGCGACAACAACGGAGGCAACAACGGUAACAAUGGAUCAUCAAGUGCAGCAGCUUCAUCAGCAGCAGCAGCAUCAGGUUCAUCAGCUUCAAACGGUAGCGACAACAACGGAGGCAACAACGGUAACAAUGGAUCAUCAAGUGCAGCAGCUUCAUCAGCAGCAGCAUCAUCAGGUUCAUCAGCUUCAAACGGUAGCGACAACAACGGAGGCAACAACGGUAACAAUGGAUCAUCAAGUGCAGCAGCUUCAUCAGCAGCAGCAGCAUCAGGUUCAUCAGCUUCAAACGGUAGCGACAACAACGGAGGCAACAACGGUAACAAUGGAUCAUCAAGUGCAGCAGCUUCAUCAGCAGCAGCAGCAUCAGGUUCAUCAGCUUCAAACGGCAGCGACAACAACGGAGGCAACAACGGUAACAAUGGAUCAUCAAGUGCAGCAGCUUCAUCAGCAGCAGCAUCAUCAGGUUCAUCAGCUUCAAACGGUAGCGACAACAACGGAGGCAACAACGGUAACAAUGGAUCAUCAAGUGCAGCAGCUGCAUCAGCAGCAGCAGCAUCAGGUUCAAACGCAAAGAAAAACAACGGAAGUAACAAUUCUGGGUCGAAUUCGGCAGCAACAUCAUCAAACAGUAGUGGUAAAAAAGUGAACAAUUCAGGAUCAAGUUCUGGCUCAGCAGCAGGAUCUGGCAGCAAUAGAGGAAAUGGGCAAAACAAUGGCGGCAGUAAAGGUUCAAACGGAUCAGCAGCUUCAUCAGCUACAUCAGCCGCAGCAGCAUCAGGGGCAGCUGGCAAUGGAAAUUCCAAAAAAGGAGCAAAACAAGGAAAUGGACCAGGCAAUUCAGCAGCAUCAGCUUCAGCUGCAGCAAGCUCAGCAUCUGGAAAGGGCUCGAAAUCAGGUAAAAGUCCAGCUAAGCAAGGAAUUAUCCCAGCCAUGAUGUCUAAAAUUCCAACUUUAAGUGUUUCUAUGUUUUAAAUUUGUAUUACAUUAUAAAUUGCAUUACUCUUAUGUGUUAUGUACUCAUAGAUUAAAAUAAAGAGCAUUUAAUUUAAAAUUUAA